ACAUAAUAUUAUCUAAUGAAAAUAUAUUAGAAUGCCAUAAAGGCACUAAAAAGGUGUAUUAAACAGCCCUAGUUUUAGCUGUCCUGCCUGGGUAAAUUAGAUGUUUUUGCUUAAAGAUUAACUUCUGGUCUGCUUUAAACUUUUCUCAAACGUUGAAUGAAAAAUUGACGAACUAGAAAUAAUGUAACUAUUUAUUAUCACGGAUCCAAAGAUGCUGUGGCUGGUUACUACGAACUUGUGAUAACGCCAAAACUUAUCUAGAAAGUGACAUUAACAAAAAGGAAAUGUGUUUAUAUUUAGUCUGGAGAUUAUAUUGUAUCUUCAGUGGUGGUAGAGAAAACUGCAGUUGUGACAUUGGGUGGUGAAACUAACUGUCGAAAUGAAUUGGUAUCACUUUGUCAUCGUGUUACUUCUGAGUAUAAUUAAACCAUCCGAAGAAACAUGCGAGAUGUUGAAGAAAUCAAUCAACAUCUACAGGGUGGAACGAGUACUAUACCGCUAUGUUACCUGCAAGCAACUAAGAAUUGACCAAGACGACAUCGGUCAGCAGAUAAAAUCAAGUAUGAACAGCUCCUGCGAGUAUCUGGACAUCAGCGACAGCUCCCUACCAAUAAUCAACAAAGAAAUGUUCUCUUCUCUCAAUUUAACACAAAUAACAAUUGUAGCUGGAGUAGACGUGGUUGACCAAAGUACUUUUGAACGGGUCAAUAUAUCAACUAUUACACUGGAAAAUAAUACCAUCAGAAAAAUCAAAGAUUAUGCAUUUAAGUCGUUCUCCAUAUACGUAAUUAGUCUCCAGAAUAACCUUCUCACAGAUGUAUUACAGAAAACCUUUGCAGGAGCUGCAAAUUUAAGAAAGUUGAACUUAAAUAAUAAUAAAAUCAGUAUUAUUAUGCCGGAAGCCUUUAAAGAUUUGGGGAGUCUUGAAGAACUGAAAAUAUCAUCUAAUAAACUUGUUAGCUUGGUGCAAGACAUAUUUUAUCCUCUGAUUAAUAUACAAUCCAUCGAUUUAAGUAAUAACUCUCUUAAAGAUCUAGAAGUUGAUAGCUUUAGCAAAAAUAAGGCUCUGCAGGAUCUCAAUCUCCAAAGGAAUGGUCUGGCUGUGUUAGACGCUCACUUUCCAAGCUCUUUAGUACAACUGAAUGUGGAAUACAAUUCAAUAACUAUGUUCAAUAUAUCAAAUUUGGUUAAACUUACCACAGUUCUUUUAAAUUGUAACAAAAUAUCUAAUUUAAAAUACGCUUUAAAAAAUUUGCCUUCACUUCACUAUUUACAUCUAAACAAUAAUCGGAUAGGAAACUCAUCUAUGGUGGAUCUUAGUGUGUUUUCAGAUUUAAAAAAUAUUUCUAUUAUAGAGCUAGAUCACAACAAUUUAGACUUAAAUUUCGAUUUUAAGAUAUUUAAGACAGUUGCAACUUUAGAAGGCGUUUCGUUUGUUGGAAACCGUCUUCAAAAACUUGACUUUACUGGUUUUCCGUCCGAACUUAGAGUUUUAAACUUAAGUCAGAACAUGCUUGUUGAAGUAAAAAAUUUAUCUAUAUUUACUGUAUUGUUCAAAUUGGACAUACGGUCUAACUUAUUAAAAGAAAUAGAUUUCGAUAUGCUUGCUGGACUAAAUCAGUUAAGUGAAUUAUGGUUAGGCUCCAAUAUGAUCAGUAAACUGACCAUGGGUUGUUUUAGAAGUUUAAAGCAACUGAGAACACUAGAUCUGAGUAGUAACAAAAUAUCUACUAUUGGUGCUGGAGUUUUCAAUGGAUUAGAGAGUAUAACUGAUUUAGAUCUAAGUAAUAACCAAAUCAGUUAUUUAAACGAGGAUAUCUUUCAUAAUAUGAAAAAUCUUAGGGUUCUGAGCAUUGCUUACAAUAACUUGACAAGCUUUAAUAUGAAAGCUUUGAUUUCCCAUGUGCUUUGGUUCAGAGAAAUCGAUAUGAAUGGAAACAACUGGACUUGUAAACUUCUCAUACGCAUCAGUAAGGAGAACAAACCGGUACACUUUGUGGAUGGUAAGUCCUACAACGUUAGUAAUGUCUUCGGCAUUCCUUGUAGGGAUAAUAACAUUACCGAAGGAAACUAUUAUAGUAACUAUGAAGAAGUUUUACCAGAUAUCGUUCAUGGAAUGAAUCUUUCUGCAGAGAACCUUGAAAGUAUAUCUCUGAAAUUAAGUUAUAUAAUUGUAUUUAUUAUUUUUUUGUUGGUGUUCCUCUUUGCUAAGUUUGUUGUUGAUAAAUAUUCAUCCCAAGUUACAGCAGCUGCGCAGUUUAUCUAUCAGAAAUCUGAGAGUGAGCCUGAGCUCCAGCUAAUCUAGUAUUAAAUACGUAAAUAUUUAAUUUAGUCCAGGAACCGAAGCUUUUCUUCUCGCAAUUCUUACAGAAUGAGAAUAAGUUUGAGAAUUUGAGAAUAAGUAGUGGAUAGUCCAAGCAUACAAAUCUAUAUGAUACCGAAAGGCGCUUUUACCAUGUGGGUGGAAAUUUUUUAAUAUAUUUUGACCACAAAAGUUGAUAAAAACAUUCAUUCUAAGCAAAAAACGUUCUAUACAUUUUUGUGAUUAAAUCGGUAGUUUUCGAUUUAUUCGCUAUCGAAAAUAUUAGUUUUAUAUCUAAAAAAUCAAUGCUUUUCGAUGGUAUACUCAUUUACGAUUCACUCAAUUUUUGUCGUAGAAAAAAUUUUUUCAAACCAAGUUCUUGGAAAUUAAGUAACCUACAAUUUUAUAUUGAAUCAUUUUUUCGUAUCUCUGAUGCUAAUCUUUCUAUUCUGAAGAGAAUGACAUUUUUUACCAAAUUACAAAAAUUAGUUAUUCGCUUUAAACUCCAGUUUUUUAAAAACUAAUCAUUAUAAGCCAGUCAAACUUCUAGAAUCUAUUAAUAAUAGAUAAAUAAAGAAGAAUUAAUAAGGCCAAUGACUAAAACACCGCUAAGUUACAUUAUUUUAUGCUUCCAAUUGAAUUUCUCCUUUUUUUUCAAAAAAAAUAUUUUGAUAUUUUAACCGUAACUUUUUAUUUUUUAUCUUAGAAAGUUUGGUAAAAAGAAUUUUAUAGGUUUUUACAGGAUCUAUAUGGCUAUUAAUAUUAAAUCAUUUUAAAAUCCUCAGUCACAAAAAGAGGUGACUCUGAAAGGGUUGGUAAAGGUGGUUUUUUGCUUGUUAUUACAAGUUUUAAUUGUCAAUAGCUCGCUCAAUUUUUCUCGCAGAAAAAAUUUUUGCAAACCAAUUUCUUGGAUAUUAAAUAAGCUACAAUUUCAUAUUUAAAUAUUUUUUCGUAUCUCUGACGCUAAUCUUUCUAUUCUGAAGGAAAAUGCAUUUUUUACCAAACUACAAAAACUCGUUAUUAGCUUUUAACUCCAUUGUUUUAAAAACUAAUCAUUCUAAGCCCAUCACACUGCUAGAACCUAUUACUCGUAAUAAUACAAAAAUAAAGAAGAGCAAAUCAGGUCAAUGACUAAUUUUAAUUAGGGUGGUGAUUAGGUGGUUUUUUCCGAUCACUUUUUGCUGAAAAAAAAAUAGGGACUGACAUUUUUUCAUUAUAACUCACUUAAUUUUUGAGCUAGAGACUUUUUUUAUUUCUGGAGAUAGAUAUUUUUAAAUACUUUAAAUUAGUUUGAACAAGUUAUAGUCGAAAAAUUCAUAGUUAUCUGGUCUUUUGACUUUAAAACUACAAUAUUUAGCAUUUGACGAAGAAGAGCUAACAUAAUAUAAUACAGUAUUGCUCGAUUACUGUUGGUCUUAAAGAAAAUUAAAAAAAAAACGGUUUUGUUUAUUGUUUCCAAAGGCACAUUUUGUUAAGUAAAAUUUUUUUGAUAAAACGAAAACUUUUUGAGUUAUUAGCAGAAAACGAGAAAACUGAUUAAAAACAUUGAUUUUUUCGGUAUAAAACUAACAUUUUCGAUAGCGAAUAAAUCGAAAACUAUUAAUUCUGUCAAAAAAAUGUAUAGAACGUUUUUUCCUUAUAAUGAACGUUUUUACCAACUUUUGCGGUCAAAAUAUAAUAAAAAAUUUCCACUUCCGAGAUGGGGUGGCAACCACCCCCAUGAUAAGCGCCUUUUGGCAUCAUAUAGAUUUUGAUCCUUGGACUAUCCACUACUUAUUCUCAAAUUUUCAAGCAAAUCGAUCCAUUCUGUAAAAAUUGCGAGGUUUUGCCCUAUUUUAAGCCUGAUUACUUGGAGUAAUUAUAAUUGUCUUAUUUUUAAUUUUCUGUCAAUAUUUUAAAUCUCCUUUUUCUAUUAGUACCAUACGUUAUGCAGAAUUUAAGCAUUCAUGCUUGCUUUCAAGUGCACAAGGAACCUUCUUCCACUCUUCUGACUGUUGUGCUAAUAUCAGGUGUACCGCACCAGAUUAUAUCUCCGAAUCUUUCACUGUUUACACAUAUUUAGUAGUACUAUUUAGAUAUUAACUUUUCUUAGGAUUUUUUUAUUUGUAAUGUGGUCCACCCAUGAAAUUCUAUUUAAUGAUGUUUGAGGUAAUUUUUACCAGGGAAAAUGUUAUUAAUCUUCUUUUUUUUUAAUAAAUUAGAAGCAUUCGAAUUAUAGUGCCAUCGACGAAUGUGGUGCCCUAAAGAUAUCAUGGGUUUCGCACACUUCCAAGGAAGAUGUUCUCCAAAUGAUGAACUCAGAAUGUCCGCUCAUAAACAUCAUAACGAGGAGAAAAACAGAAUACUUCUUCGGCGAUAUAAUUAGAGAACCUAAAUACAAUUUACUUCGCUUUAUAACACAUGAAAAAGUGGAGGGAAAAAGAUGGAUUAGUCGAAAGAAACUUUCAUGGUUGCGUAAUAUUAGACAAUGGAUUGGUUCCACAGUAGAAAAUUAUUCGCGUAUCAGCCAAUACAAAAUGGUUUCAGGAACUUGUAAACAUGAUAGCGGCUAACGUCUGAAUACGGACCCGGCACCUAUAGAAGAAGAAGAAGGGGUUUGUUGAUAAAACAACAGGUAUCUAAUCUGAGUGGUUAACCUGGAAAUUUUAUUUAUGAUAAUGUUUGGUUUCUGUUGUUCUGUUAGCUAUGAGCUGGCACCUAUAUAGACGUCACUAAUUGUCUAUCUUACUUUAUUUUAUUUGAAUCUACAAAAAGGUAGGAGUUUUUAUCCAACAAAAUAAUAAUUUUUGCACUCUUUUGAUAUUUUGAAAGGUAUUAUUAUGCGUAGAAUAUUUAUGUCUAAAUAAACACAUGUAAAACAUAAUAAAUUAUUUUGUAGUGUAAGGUUUUUUAAUGCAAUUAUUUAUAAUGUAUGAAUGUAUGUAUCAUUUGUAUGAUUCACAUGUUAAAAUUUUGUAUAAAACAUAUUUGGAGCAAAAUAAACGCUACAGUAUAUAAAUAUCAU